AGCACAGCCACAACCCUUCCAUGGUAGCAUAAAGUAGCAGCACUCACAACACGCUCUUUAUCUGCGACUUGACGCCAGCUUGGUUGCAAUAGCACAGCUGCUAACCGUCGACUAACAGCCAGUCGACUACUUCACCCAAGGCAUCAGCUGUAGCUCAUAUCCUCACUGUCUAGCAAAGAUGUUUAAGAAGCUGAAAGAGAAAAUCAAGGGAGACGAAAGCUCCACAGGCGGAACUGAUCAGCAGCAGCUUCAUUCAAACAAUCCCUACUAUCAACCUCCCCAGACACAACAACAACAGCACCCCACCCCAGCAACCGAGAAGUAUCAAGCUCCUCCGGGGCCGCCACCAGGGCAUGGAUCCUUGGAAUCAGACUACAAACCUCCUUCAGGACCACCACCUUCUCACUUCCCUCAGCAACCGCCGCCAAGCUGGGAUCCCCCACCUUAUCACGACUGGACCGUUAUCCCCGACACGGCUCUGCUACCUCCUCCACCAUCACUUGGUUAUGAUAACUCUCCAACCGCCAACGCUUCUGCAGAGGAGGGCGACCGCGCGCUGGCGUGGACUCAAGCGAACCCAUUGUGGCCGCCGCAGAAUGUAGCACCCAGCACCCACGCUGCCAUUCAGAAUGGACAGUUAGCCUUGCUGAAAGCUCCAACCUACAUUGGCGAUCUGAUUCCGCAGCCGCAAGCAGGCCACUGGAGAUGUCGUACCCACGCCCAGUGCAGAGACUCAAGCAUCCUCACAAACCUUCCAUUGUACUCAGUGUUCUGGGACUCACCGCUCAACACGCAGCGAUCGAAGACAAUUUAUUUUGAGCUCAAAGUAACGGGUAUCGGCCGUGGUGGCUUGUCUCUCGAGGAAGCAGACGCCGGUAUCGCUAUUGGCUUCGUCGCACCGCCCUAUCCGACCUUCCGGCUCCCUGGCUGGGAGCGCGCGAGUCUCGGCGUACACGGUGAUGAUGGCCGGAAAUAUGUGAAUGACCCUUGGGGCGGGGUUGACUUCACCACCAGCUUUAAGCCAGGUGAGACUGUGGGGAUUGGCAUAACGUUUUCAAUUCCAAAAAACCCUCCUUCAUAUGAGCAGACACAACAGGGCACGUUGCUGGACAUUGACGUAUUCUUCACGCGCAACGGGAAGAAGGAGGGAGGUUGGGAUGGCAAUGAAGAGCUUGAUGCUCGUAGCGAGGGAGGAAAUGUUGGACUGAGGGGAGAGUGUGAUCUAUUUCCAGCAGUUGGCAUUUUUGGUGGAGUCGACUUCGACGUGUUCUUUCACCCCUCGCAGUGGUUAUUCAGACCGUACUGAGGAGUGGAAUGAGAGUCUCGUAGGUUCUUGUUGGGGUAAAGCUACGUGGUGGCUUGCGGUAAGAGUCGUAAUAGAAUCGAGCGAAAACCUCACCUGCACCUUCUAUAGUUCUAUCACCCUAAUGUCCUAUAUAUAUCUUUACCUUCGUCUACCA